ACACUCUGGUUGGGGACUGCUAUGUUCAUGGAAUCAUGCUCGGGGAGUUUUUAGGAGGAACGGAAGAGGAAUUGCCAGCGAUGGAAGCCAUAAGAAUACGAUGGUUUCCAGGAGAUUCAGUCGGUCUUCUUAUCCUCUCCUUCAUGUGUAGAUCCUUUAGCCACCCUUGCUUAUUAAGCGACGUUGCGAUACAACUCAUAAGACUACAGUACUUCGAUCCAUACAAUCUUGAAACAAGUAUAUUAAACAACCUAAUAAUGGAUGAAAUAAAUGUAAGCUUGCAUUUCGAUAUUGUGCGGGGGAAUUUAUGCUUGAUAUGACUAUACGGCACUCUCCAAGUCGAACCGGAUAUACGCGAUAAGUUUGAGAUUCACUCAUUCAUUCUUCCAUCCACGUUUGUUCCACGACAUCGCUUCAACGUUGUCAUCAACCGAUCCCAACAAUGUCUCAAACGGUUCCUACACAAGAAACUUUGCGAGUCGAAGAAGAUGUGAGGCAGCCACUCUCCCCAUAUCUUCCUAAUGGAACUUCCUCCAUGCACACGACCCUCACCUACGCGACGUCCCUCGACUCUGCCAUCUCGCUCCAGCCCGGCGCUCCCACUAUCCUCUCUGGACCCCGCUCCAAGGCCAUGACCCAUUAUUUACGCAUGAAGCACGAUGCCAUUCUCGUUGGCUUCGGCACCGCCGCCGCAGAUGACCCGGGAUUAUGCUGCCGAAUUGCCGGUGCGACGUUGGAACACCAACCACGUCCCAUCAUCCUGGAUCCCUCUGGCCGAUGGAACUUCAGUGCGGAUUCCAAGGUCAUGCGCCUUGCACGAGCCGGGCAAGGGAAGGCGCCGUGGAUAAUCACGGCGUUGAACCAGCCGCCAGCGGACCGGGUGAAAUUGUUACAAGAGUUGGGUGGGAGAUACUUGCGGUUACAUGUAUCUGAUCAUCGCAAAGGUACCUCGCAAGCAUUCAAUUGGGAGGAUAUAUUGCGUUGCCUAUCACAGCAAGGGAUUAAGAGCGUGAUGAUGGAGGGAGGAGCGACCGUCAUUAACGACCUGUUGAGCCCGGCGAAUGCGCAGUGGGUUAAUUCGGUGAUCGUCACGAUUGCGCCGACGUGGUUGGGGAGGGGAAGCCUAGUAAUCCAACCUGAGAAAACGAGAGAUGAAAGAGGAGGAUUGGGUCCGGCAGCACGGCUAAAGGAUAUCAGAUGGAUCACGCUGGGGGAAGAUGCGAUCGUUUGCGGGAGGCUGGAGCAGAGAUAGGACUGCGCACCGAAAAGUUCUGUGGGUGUGUGGGAACCGAUUUCAGACCUCCCUUCUGGGGACACAGCACGGAGUAUUGACGGGCGUCUGCAUAGUGUUGUUCUAAGUCGAUUCAACUCGUACCUUCCUACGAGUACUUUACGCUACCUGAAACGUUGUAGCAAACAAUUUCUAAAGCAUGCAUCCGGCCUUUCGCAGGGCUGACAAGUCGCCCGGAACGGGCUUAACUUGGGCGAUUGGGCAGGGAGAAGAAGGUCGGAUGUGACAUAUACAUGGAUGAAGGCUCGUAUAUGUUGUAAUGUGACACACAAUGGCAAGUGUUGUCCAUGUGAACAAAAACAUAUGUCGAGGAAGUUCCGUAAACUGGACGGAUCACGGACGUGCU